AUGAACGGCGAAGCUCGCAUCAAGCGCAAACACAGCCCAGUCUCUGCAUCUGACCGACCAGCGAAACACCUCAAACCCGAGUCCACCAUCCUCACCCCCGGCGACGAGACACCUGCAAACGGGACUGUAUACGACAUCGAAAAUGGCGAGGAUAUCACACCCAUCGUCGCCUUAGGCACAGCUCAGGCGGAUUCGCCGGAAUGGCAGGCGACUAUUGACCAGGCUACGGGCUUUGUGGUUGAUGCGGAACGGGGGUAUAUUCUUACGAAUAGGCAUGUGGUCUGCGCGGGACCGUUUUGGGGUUAUUGUAUUUUUGAUAACCAUGAAGAGUGCGAUGUUCGCCCCGUUUAUCGGGAUCCCGUCCACGACUUUGGUAUACUCAAGUUCGAUCCCAAGGCUAUCAAGUACAUGGAUAUGACGGAGCUAAAGUUGAAUCCCGACGGAGCACAAGUGGGCGUUGAGAUCAGAGUUGUCGGUAACGAUGCCGGGGAGAAGCUCAGUAUUUUGUCAGGCGUCAUCAGUCGACUAGACCGAAACGCGCCAGAGUACGGUGAAGGAUACAGUGAUUUCAACACAAACUACAUCCAAGCCGCUGCUGCGGCUAGUGGUGGAAGUUCUGGUAGUCCUGUCGUCAACGUCGCUGGUCAUGUCGUUGCUCUUCAGGCGGGUGGUCGUGCGGACGGUGCUGCUACAGAUUACUUUUUGCCACUUGGCCGUCCACUGCGAGCGUUGCAGUGUCUACAAGAGGGGAAGCCGGUUACACGUGGCACUAUCCAAACACAGUGGAUGAUCAAGCCCUUUGACGAAUGUCGUCGUCUUGGCUUGACUCCGGAAUGGGAAGCUUAUGUCCGAAAAGCAGUACCUAAAGAAACCGGAAUGUUGGUGGCGGAUAUUGUUCUCCCAGAAGGUCCCGCUGAUGGAAAGCUUCAAGAAGGAGAUGUCCUGUUGAAAGUGAAUGGAGAGCUACUUACUCAGUUUGUGCGACUUGAUGAUAUUUUGGACUCGAAUGUGGAGCAGUCAAUUCGACUUUUGAUUCAACGCGGCGGCGAGGACCUUCAAGUAGACUGCACUGUUGGAGACUUGCAUGCGAUUACACCGGACCGCUUCGUCAGCGUUGCUGGCGGUACAUUCCAUGAUCUGUCUUAUCAGCAGGCUCGCCUUUAUGCUAUCGCAUGUCGUGGUGUGUAUGUCUGCGAGGCAGCAGGAUCAUUCAAGAUUGAGAAUACUUUGUCAGGCUGGAUAAUUGAUUCUGUGGACAAGCGGCCGACUCCAAACUUAAAAGAAUUCAUCGAAGUGAUGAAGACAAUUCCAGAUCGCUCCAAGAUCGUCAUCUCCUACCGACAUAUUCGGGAUCUUCACACCCGAGGGACAACCAUCAUCUACCUUGAUCGCCACUGGCAUCCGAAGAUGUCUCUUGCGGUCCGUAAUGACGAGACCGGUCUAUGGGACUUUUCUGAUAUCGCCGGCCCGCUACCUGCCGAGCCGCCGGUUCCUAGGAAAGCCGAGUUUAUCCAGUUAGAUGGGAUCAGUCAAACCGCAGCCGCUGAGAUUGUUCGCAGCUUUGUCCGCGUGUCUUGCACCAUGCCUUUGAAGUUGGAUGGUUUCCCUCAAGCCAAGAAAACCGGUUAUGGUCUGGUCAUUGAUGCAGAAAAGGGUCUUGUUGUUGUUUCCAGGGCUAUUGUUCCGUAUGACUUGUGUGAUAUCAACAUGACAGUGGCGGAUUCGAUUAUUGUUACUGGAAAAGUCAUUUUCAUGCAUCCCUUGCAAAACUACAGUAUUUUGCAAUACGACCCAAGUCUUGUCCAGGCACCUGUCCAAAGUGCGCGAUUGAGUACAGAAAAUAUAAAGCAAGGCCAAGACACAAUCUUUGUUGGAUUCAAUCAGAACCUCCGCAUCGUCGUUGCCAAGACAACUGUGACCGAUAUCACAACCGUUGCUAUUCCCGCCAAUGCCUCGGCUCCACGGUACAGAGCUAUCAAUCUUGAUGCUAUUACAGUGGAUACUGGACUAAGUAGCCAAUGCACUACAGGUGUCUUGCUGCGGGAAGACGGCAUUGUGCAAGCCCUUUGGCUGAAUUAUCUGGGUGAGCGGACAGGAAACUCACAAAAGGAUGUCGAGUAUCAUCUCGGUCUAGCAACGCCAUCUCUUUUCCCCAUAAUCAGUAAGAUCCAACAAGGCGAAACUCCCAAGCUACGUAUUUUGAACAUGGAAAGCUAUGUUAUCCAGAUGAGCCAAGCACGUAUCAUGGGUGUUUCAGAGGAAUGGAUCAACAAAGUGGCGGAAGCCAAUCCAUCCAGACAUCAGUUAUUCAUGGUCAGGAAACUAGACAGUCCGCCCCCGUCAUUCGCACAUGGGGCAGAUGCUCUGAAAGAGGGAGACAUCAUUCUCACCCUUAACAACAAACUCGUUACACGGGUUUCGGAGUUUGAUAUCAUGUAUGAUAACGAAGUGCUUGACGCGUUGAUUGUCCGGAAUGGCCAGGAGAUGCACGUCAAGGUUCAUACCGUACCGACAGAAGAUUUGGAGACGGAUCGAGCAGUGGUGUUUUGCGGGGCUGUGUUGCAGAAGCCGCAUCAUGCUGUGCGCCAGCAGAUUUCGAAACUUCAUAGUGAGAUUUAUAUCAGCGCAAGGAGCCGCGGUUCGCCUGCAUACCAAUACGGGUUGUCACCAACGAAUUUCAUCACUGCAGUUAACGGUGUUCAAACCCAUGACCUUGACAGCUUUGUGCAAGAAGUCAAGAAGAUUCCCGACAACACAUACUUCCGCCUUCGAGCAGUCACCUUUGACAAUGUGCCGUGGGUAGUCACCAUGAAAAAGAACGAUCAUUACUUUGCCAUGUCGGAGUACGUGAAAGAUGUCUCAGCACCAGCUAGAUGGAAAGUAAUCAACUAUCCCAAGAGAGACGACUCAGCGGAUCAGGGUAAUCUGACUGCAGAUGCUAUGGACGAAGCUGUUGAAGAAGGUGGAAGUGAUGCAGAGCCUGAUUGUUAG